UCCCGGCUGUAAACAGGAGGAAGCCGUGCAGGAAGUGUGGAGCAUGUGUUGGACGCUCGGUCUGCAGUCAUGUCUGUGGCGGUGUCGGUUCUUCUGUCUCUCCUCUGGUGCCAGACCGACGGGGUCCACCUCAGAGAUCCGAACCGGAACCGCUCGGAUGCGUCGGACUCGGUCGCGAUCGCGGACUUGUCGGCGGUGAUCCGGCGGGUGGAGCGGCGCUUUCUGUCCGUCACCAUCGAUGCCAGCCUGGCGUCAGAGGAGAAGUUCAUGUACCUCCUGAGCUCUCCGAAGAUAAGGACUCUGGCGAAAGCUUUAACUCCAGCUUUUUUGAGGUUUGGGGGGACCAGACAGGACUUCAUGGUGUUCACCCCUCACAGGCAUCAGCCGGACUCUGGUUUCACUGCGGAACCGUCCUGUGAUAAACUGGAGUUGCCCUCGUGGCUGGAGGACAAGCUGAAGGCCGAGUGGACUCAGCAACAGGUGAUCCUGAUGAGAGAAGACCUGCAGAGGAAGUACAGAAGACUGAAGUUCACAGAGUACACCGUGGAUCUGCUGCACUCCUUCACCAACUGCUCGGGGAUGGAUCUGAUCUUCGGCCUAAAUGCUCUGCUCAGGACAGCUGACAACACCUGGAACGGCAGCAACGCCCGCUCACUGCUGCAGUACUGCGAAUCCAGACAGUACCGGAUGGCCUGGGAGCUGGGCAACGAGCCGAACAGCUACGAGAAGAAGGCUGGGAUUCGAGUGGACGGACGUCAGCUGGGACGAGAUUUCGCUCGUCUCAGGGAGAUGUUGUCACAAUCCAGAUUUUACAGCGACGCCAGACUGUACGGGCCGGACGUCGGUCAGCCUCGAGACCACAGGACAGACAUCCUGGAGGGGUUCCUGCAGACUGGAGCCGAGGCCGUGGACGCCUGCACCUGGCACCAUUAUUAUGUGAACGGCAGAGACACGUCUUUGGAGGAUUUUCUAGAUCCUGCAGUUCUGGACACUCUGGCCUUAAAGACCAACGAAGUCCUGGAGAAGGUGAAGCGGGAGUCUCCGGGGAAGCCGGUCUGGCUCGGGGAGACGAGCUCGGCCUACGGAGGAGGAGCUGCGGGACUGUCGGACACAUUCGCAGCAGGAUUCAUGUGGUUGGAUAAACUCGGCCUGGCAGCCAGACUCGGCCUGGAUGUUGUGAUGAGGCAGGUGUUUAUUGGUUCUGGAAGUUAUCACCUGGUCGACGAUGACCUGGAUCCUCUACCUGAUUAUUGGUUGUCCGUCCUCUAUAAGAGACUCGUUGGACCGGAGGUUCUGAAAAUCAAAGCGUUUUCUAACUCUGCUGCGGGGAAAAGAGUGAGGCUGUAUCUGCACUGUGCAAACAGAAAGAGUUACAGAAGCGGAGCGGUCACGUUGAUGUCCAUGAACCUGAGCAGGAAGACGGCCAGGAUCUCCGUCCCUGCUCUCGUCUCCGGCACAGUGGAGGCCUUUGUUCUUCAGUCUGACCGGCCGGGGGAGGAGGGCCUCAAGUCCAGGUCUGUGAGGCUGAACGGAGACGUGUUGAAGAUGGUGGAUGAUAAAACUCUUCCCGAGCUGGCAGGACGCCGUCUGCCUCCGGCUGAACACCUGCAGCUUCCUGCGUACUCGCUGGCCUUCUUCGUGCUCCCGGACGCUGGAGCUGCCGGCUGCCUCUGACAUCAUCACUGCAGGUGACCCGGCGCCGCCCACCGCCGGACCAGAGUGACUUCAACUCGAGUCAAUGAGUUGGUGCCGUUAGUUUCUGACACAUGCUGGAAGCUGGGGGGUCUUUUUAUAGGAAACACUGUAUGCUUUGCUAAUAAAGUUUUUCUUGUUCCAUCACACAAAGGCAGUCAAAGUCAUGUGACCUCGGGGACAGUCGGUCUAACCGUCCCUUCAGUCUACAGUUGGACCACCUCCGGUCGUGUCACUUUCAAAAGUCCUUCAAUCCAGCCAACAACUACCACAACCCGCUAAAUGCUAACAUCAGCAUGCUAACAUGUGUUAAUCACCAUCUUAAUUUGGCAUGUUAGCAUGCUAACAUUAGCUUUUUUAAUUUGUUAGAAGAAAUGUAGACUUUUGGGUUUCUAUUUGUUUAAUGUGUUAAUGUGAGGAAGGUCACAGCCUCCUCCUCAUCGCUCUACAUACAUCUGAUGUUUUCAGUGACGAGUCACGUGAUUCGUGGACAUCGUCUGUUCAAACUUCUGAAUAAAUGUUGUAGGUUUAUUUUCCACGAACACGUUCAGACGUCACGUCUCAGUUUGAUGUCGUGGCAGCGCUGUGAUGAAGAUGUGGUGAGGAAGAAGAAGAAGAAACCUCCUGACUCACUCAAAGAUGGACUCAUCAGUGUCGUGUUGGAGUCUUAAAUUAAACUGACAUGUUUGAAUGUGUGAAACAUGUUCAUGUUGGUAGUUUAGUCAUGUUUCUGUCACUCGUGUUAUUGGUUGUUUUUAUGCACAUUUGUAAUGAAUUGAUGGUCCAUUCACAGGAAAAGAUCAAUUAUUGGCCUAAAGAACAAUAAAAGCAAGUAAAUCGAAA